AUGCCUGAUUUUGUUAGUGAGAAUAGCUUAAAUGCUUCAGAGCUUGAAACACAGCUUGCAAAGGCAAAAGAAGCCAAUGAAAAGCAUAUACUCGAAGAAGAACCAGAAAGGAAAUCAUUAUAUGAACAAUUAAAGGAAAGCAAAGGUAUGUAAUUUGUAACCUUACAAGGAAGUCAAAUUCAGAAAUACUAAUCUAUAUAUCAGAACAAAAGCACCUAGAAUACCAAAAGCAAUUGGAGAGUCAAAAUUCUUCAUAUAAAUUAGAUGAGAAGUCUGCAAAAUUUUAUGACGAACUAAAGAAGAAUGAAAGAGAAAAGGAACAACAGAGACUUAGGGCAGAGGCUGAAAAGUUGAACUUAUAUAGAAACUUGAAGAAAAGGCAACAAAAGCCUAUUUCGAAGUCGUUAUCUACUACUUCAACUUUGUCUGCUGGUCAAAUACCUACCAAAUCGUCAAUAAUUUUAAAGAAAAGAAAGCUUGAGACUAAUUCAGAAGCGAUGAAAAAAGCAAAGAAGAGUGAGGAUUCGAUUGAGCCUUCCAAAGAGCUGAUAGAAUCGCCUGUUCUUGGAUCUAAUGAUAAGUCUAGUAAUAAAUCAACACCAGAAGUAAUACGACCUGAUGCAACUACCACAAUCGAACUUACGACCACGAAAUCCAACACACUACAGGGGCUAGGUGACUAUUCUUCGAGCGACGAAGAAUAG